GUCUGGGUCUUUCCUGCUCCGAGAGGGACCAGUUACUUCCGCCGUAGCUGCUGUUGCUCUGUCGACUGCAAGGUGAGCUGUACUGUUCGUGGGACGUUUAGAGAGGACGCCGGGAUACCUCGAAGCCCGAAAAUGGGAGACAGGAAUUGCGGGAGAAUGAUGAAUCAGUGCCGGGAAGGUGAUUCGGUGGCCUUUGAGGAUGUGGCUGUGAACUUCACCCAGGAGGAGUGGGCUUUGCUGGAUCCUUCCCAGAAAAAUCUCUACAGGGAAGUGAUGCAGGAAACCUUGAGGAACCUGGCCUCCAUAGGAAAAAAGUGGAACAACCAGUACAUUGAAGAUGAGCACCAAAAUCCUAGGAGAAACCUAAGAAGACUUAUAAAAGAGAGACUCUCUGAAAGUAAAGAAAGUCAUCAGCAUGGAGAAUUUUUGACGCAGGUUCCAGAUGACACACUGAAGAAGAAAACUCCUGGAGUAAAGUCAUAUGAAAGCAGUGUGUGUGGAGAAAUCGGCAUGGGUCUUUCAUCUCUUCAUAGGCACCUGAGAGCCUUUAGUUAUUCCAGUAGCCUUUCAAUACAUGGAAGAACUCACACUGGGGAAAAGCCUUAUGAAUGUAAGGAAUGUGGGAAAGCAUUCGGGUUUCCCAGUUCUGUUCGUAGACAUGAAAGAAUCCACUCUGCAAAAAAACCCUAUGAAUGUAAGCAAUGUGGGAAAGCAUUAUCUUAUCUUAUAAGCUUUCAAACACACAUGAGAAUGCACACUGGAGAGAGACCUCAUAACUGUAACAUAUGUGGGAAAGCCUUUUUUUCUUCCAGUUCAUUAAAAAGACAUGAGAAAAGUCACACUGGAGAGAAACGCUAUAAAUGCACACUAUGUGGUAAAGCUUUCAAUUGUCCCAGUUCCUUUCAAUAUCAUGAAAGGACUCACAGUGGAGAGAAACCCUAUGAGUGUACACAAUGUAGGAAAGCCUUCAGAUCUGUCAAGUACCUGCGAGUACAUGAAAGAAAACACACUGGAGAGAAACCCUAUGAGUGUAAGCUGUGUGGUAAGGGCUUUAUUUCUUCCACUUCCUUUCGCUAUCAUGAAAAGACUCACACUGGAGAGAAACCUUAUGAAUGUAAGAAAUGUGAGAAAGCCUUCAGUUUUGUCAAGGAUCUUCGAAUCCAUGAAAGGACACACACUGGAGAGAAACCCUUUGAAUGUAAACGAUGUGGGAAAACCUUCACUUCUUCUAACUCCUUUCACUACCAUGAAAGGACUCACACUGGAGAGAAACCCUAUGAGUGUGAGCAAUGUGGGAAAGCUUUCCGAUCUGCCUCAAUCCUUCAAAAGCACAUACGAACUCACACAGGAGAGAAACCCUAUGGAUGUAAGCAAUGUGGGAAAACCUUUAGAGUUGCCUCACAACUUAAAAUGCAUGAAAGGACUCACACGGGAGAGAAACCCUAUGAGUGUAAGCAAUGUGGAAAAGCCUUCAUUUCUUCCAGUUCCAUUCGCUAUCAUAAAAGGACUCACACUGGAGAGAAACCUUAUAAAUGUAAACAAUGUGGAAAAGCCUUCAUUUCUUCUAACUCUUUUCUCUAUCAUGAAAAGAUUCACACUGGAGAGAAACCCUAUGAGUGUAAGCAAUGUGGGAAAGCCUUUAGAUCUGCCUCAGCCCUUCGUAAGCAUGUGAGGACUCACGCUGGCUAGAAACUCUGUGGAUGUAAACAAUAUGGUAAAGUCCUUAGAUGGGACUCAGAACUUCAAACGCAUGGAAGGACUCACUGCAGAGACACCUGUAAUCUCAGCAUUUUGGGAAGCCAAGGCAGGAAGAUUGCUUAAGCUGAA